AGGAGACAGAAAAUUUAAUAAAAAAAUAAAAAAAUGGGUGCAUCUUAGUCUGAUUAAAUAAAAGAAAGGUCUCUAAUCUAAAUUAUAGAUGAAAAUGGGCUUUGGAAAAAUGGAAUUUAUAAUAAGAUUGGUACUUAUCAUUAAUUGAACGUAUCUGGUCGUAAAUGGAAUAAACGAAAUAUUAAGUUUAUGAUUGAAUUAAAUCCAUCUGGAUAAAUCAAAUAUAUAUAUGAUGGUGAAAUUCUUAGGAUGUAAUUUAAUUUAUAUGUUAAAAAAGAGAUAAUUAAAGAGAUACAAAUAAAAAACUUAAAAUUUUAACAAAUUUAGAAUAAAUUAGAAAUUUGAAAUGGGAAGGAAAUUAUGGAAUAACAAAUUUGGAAAUAGGAAAGUGGAAUAUGAUUUGGAGAGGUGAAAAAUAAUUUGUUGGUGGAUUAUAUAAUGAUAAUGGUUAGAAAGAAGGAAAAUGGAUAGAAAUUCUUGAAAGUUACUGGAAGUAUUAUACAAUUAAAUUAUUUAAAUAAAGGAUUUGCCAAGUGUUUUUUGUUGGAAUGUAUAUAAAAGGAAAAUAAUAAGGAAAGUGGAUUUAUUUAUAAGAUGAAAAAAUAUUGUAAAAAAAUUCAAAAUUUUUAGAGGAGGAGGAAUCUAUAAUGAAAAUGGUUUGAAGGAAGGAUUAUGGAUUGAAUUACACAAAAAUUUUGAUAUGUUAUUAAUUUCUUACAAUUUUAUUAGCUAUUGUUAAAUUACAAUUAAAGGAGAGUAUAAAAACAAUAAAAAAUAAGGUAAUUGGUUUUAUUAAUUUAAUGAUUCUUCAAAUAAUAAAUUUUAAAAAAUGUAUUUUUCAUUUAAAAUAUUAUUUUAGAUUAGGUGGCAAUUACAAUAAAGAUGGUUUGAAAAAUGGAAAAUGGAUUGAUUUUGAAGAAACUUUUGAUGAGUUAAAUUUUAUUAUUAUAGUAGCGAAUUAAAAUUAUUGUAUCAUGGUGAAUAUUGUAAUGGAAAGAAAUAAGGAAAUUGGAAUAUCGUUAAAUUAAAUUAUAGAUAUUCACAUUAAAUUAUGUUUAAAAUAGAUUUAUUAAUAGAUGUUGUGGUUGUUAUGAUUAAAAUAAUUUAGAAAAUGGAUUUUGGUAUGAAUUAAAUAGAAGUUAAAGAAAGUACUUAUUAUUUAAAUAUAAAUAAUAAGCUUCUCUCAUCAUGUUAAAUGUUUUGGAUAAUAUUUUCAUGGAAUGAAGAUUGGUACAUGGAAGACCUUAAUAGGAAAUAAAAUUGCGUAUUAAUCAUUUCUAAAGUAUAUAGUAGUAUGGGUGAAUAUAAUCAAGAUGGAAAAAAGAAUGGAUAAUGGAUACAUUUUUCAAAUAAUACUUAAUUUGAAAAAAUUGAUGUCUUUGAAAAUUUUAUAGAAAAGGAUUAAAUAGUUUAUUUUGGAGAAUAUAAGAAUGGUUAAAAAUAAGGCGAUUGGAAAAUAAAAGAAGGAAAGAAAAUCAUAAAAGGAAAUUCAAUAAUGUAAAUUUGCAUUUAUAUUAAUAAGUGGAGGUGGUGUAUAUGAUAAUUAAGGUUUAAAGGAUGGAAGUUGGAUUGAACUAUGGAAAUUUAAAUUGUAAAAAUAUUAUAUGAUUUGUUCAGAUCUAAUUAUAUUAUAUUAAAAGGAUUUUAUAAAAAAGGAAUUAAAUAUGGUAAAUGGGAUAUAUUUCUUAAUAAAAAUAAAGGUUUAGAAAGAAUGUAAUUAUUAAUAAUAUUAUACCUAAAGUGGAGGUGGUAGUUAUGAUUUUGAAGGAAUGAAGCAUGGAAAAUGGAUAAACUUACAUGAUAAUUAUAAUUAGUAUGAUUAAAUAGAUAUAUAUAUUUUAGCAAUUGUUAAGUUUUUGAAACUGGAUUAUAUAAUCAUGGAAUUAAAUAAGGAAAAUGGGACUAUAAAACUAUAAACUUUUAUGAGCAUGAUGUUCUAACCUAUCCUUUUUGGCCUAAAGAUAGUUUUUAUAAAAUGUUGUUCUUAUUAUAUAAUUAGUGCUGGAGGAAAUUAUGAAAAAGGAAUAAAAUAAGGAAAAUGGAUUGAAUUAGAUGAAAAUUAUCAUUAUUAACAUUAAAUAUUAUAUGAAGGACUAUAUAGAAAUAAUAUAAAGUAAGGAGAAUGGGAGAUAUUAGAUCAUCAUAAUUCAAAUUUAUAAAAAAAGUAUAUUCCCCUUAGAAUUUUAGAGGUGGCGGAAUUUAUGACGAGGAAGGGUUCAAAAAUUUUCAAUGGAUUGAAUUAGAUAAAAAUAAUAAAAAGAAACUAAAACUUGUUGAAUAUUCAAAUGGAAAAAUUAUAAGCGAAGAAAUAUUAUAAAAUAAAAUCUGA